UGCUGGAACUCACGGACGGGAAGCAGCAGCCGGAGAGUGACCGGGAGAGCUAGAGCAGAAAGUUGGGGGGCCUGGCUGAGAGAAGGGCUGGCUGGAAAUAGUUUGGGAGCGGGUUCGAGCGGCUUCAGACGCCUGCAGCUUUGGAACACCGUGACUGGGUGACGUCAUAGAUUCUUGUCGCCCUAUAUGACUUGGAAGAUGCAGGGAUCCCUGACUCGGACGGAACCUGCAUCCAAAGCUGCCCAGCAGGAGAGCGGGUCUGUUGUGUCCCGUGAGGAGGAGUCGCGGCCUCGUUGAUGGCUCCGAGAGGGGCAGCAGGUACCUGGAAAGUGACGUGGAUUCCGCGCCCCACCAGGAGCAACCACGGUGUGGUUAUCGUGCUUUUCUCAGGAGGGCGGGAGCGGCAAGCGGGACAUGGCGGCCCAGUCGGACGGUAAAGCUGGGGUUGGUUUCGCUCAGCUUUAUGAUGUAGACGCGGAGGAGCCGCUGGACUCCGCCGCGAUCCACAUCUGCCAGUGCUGCCGUUCCUCCGCCUGCUACUGGGGGUGCCGCUCCGCCUGCCUGGGCUCCCUGCUCGGGGGCGGACAGACCGUCGGAGGGGUCGGGAUUCGGGAAACCCACUGUCCGCCCCGGGAGCAGCUGUGGCUGGACUGCCUCUGGAUCAUCCUCGCCCUCCUGGUCUUCUUCUGGGACGUGGGGACAGACUUGUGCCUGGCUCUGGAGUACUACCAGAGGAAGGACUAUCUAUGGUUCGGCCUGACCCUCUUCUUCGUGCUGGUGCCCUCGGUCCUGGUCCAGAUUCUGAGCUUCCGCUGGUUCGUGCAGGACUACACCGGAGGAGGGCUCGGGGAGGUGGAGGGACUAAGUAAACGAGGUGCCGUGGCACUGGGUUGCCUGUACCCAGGUAGGGACCGCCUCCAGCUGGCCACCAUCUGGCUGUGGCAGGCCACCAUUCACAUCCUGCAGCUGGGACAAGUGUGGAGGUACAUUAGGACACUCUAUCUGGGUAUCAUGUCACGGCGGCAGAAGGAGCACCAGCGCCGCUGGUACUGGGCCAUGAUGUUCGAGUAUGCUGACGUCAACAUGCUGCGACUGCUGGAGACCUUCCUGGAGUCGGCGCCGCAGCUGGUGCUGCAGCUCUGCAUCAUGAUCCAGGAGAACCGAGCUGAGACGCUUCAAUGUAUCUCCUCUCUGGCCUCCCUCCUCUCCCUCGCCUGGGUUCUGGCGUCCUAUCACAAACUUCUUCGUGACUCACGUGACGACCAGCGCAGCAUGAGCUACCGGGGCGCUCUGCUGCACCUCUUCUGGCGCCUCUUCACCAUCUCCUCUCGUGUUCUGUCUCUGGCGCUCUUUGCCUCGCUCUUUCACAUCUACUUUGGCAUCUUUGUGGUGGUCCACUGGUGCGCCAUGGCAUUCUGGGUGGUCCACGGUGGCACCGACUUCUGCAUGUCCAAGUGGGAGGAGGUUCUCUUCAACAUGGUGGUCGGUAUUGUCUACAUCUUCUGCUGGUUUAACGUGAAGGAAGGACAGACGCGGCACAGGAUGGUGGCGUACUACACAGUGGUGUUGGCCGAGAACACCAUCCUCACCGGGCUGUGGUAUGCCUACCGAGACCCAGCAUUGACCGACUCCUACGCAGUCCCGGCUCUAUGCGGCGUCUAUCUCACCUUCGCUGGCGGCGUCCUGGUCAUGUUGCUCUACUAUGGAUUCCUGCAUCCAGCCACAGCCCACCUCCAGCCAAGCCCCGCUUCCAUCUGCUGCGCUCAGCUGCUCUGGGGUCUCCCUUUACCUCCCUCAGCCCCACCCACCGCCCCACCAACCCCAGCCCACAUGACCAAGUCGCUGACUGACGAGGACGUGGCUGAGACGUGUCUUCCCGUAUUUCAGGUGAGAGCUGCCCCGACCACCUCCAAGCCUGAGGGUCCACUCAUAAAGAUCGACAUGCCAAGGAAGCGGUACCCAGCGUGGGACGCUCACUACGUGGACAGACGCCUGCGGAGGACUAUAAACAUCCUACAGUACAUUACGCCGGCGGCUGUGGGUAUACGAUACCGUGAUGGACCGCUACUGUAUGAACUUCUGCAGUACGAGUCCUCGCUUUGACACACAAUUGUUAGAAGCACACCAACACAAAAGCAAUCUGGCGCUCUUGAAAAUACUUUACAACAGACACAUUCCUGAAAAUCAUCUGUGGUGCGUUCACAUGCUCUUCAGAAGGUUUCACCUCACCAGAUUUGACCUCCUUCUUCCACAUGACUUGUGUUUAUGUGCUUUGGGUGUCGAAGCCAACAAAACUAACUUUUUUCCCAUCAGCAGACAACAAAAACAUCAAAUUAUGACACAGAACAUAGAUCAGACAGAACCAGGCCAGUAAUCAUUUAAAAAUAGCACAAAUGUAAAUGUUCAAUUGGGGAAAAAUACUUGGCUAAAAUGUCUGCAAGCUUCAGAUGAAAGUUUUGUGUCGUACUGUUUACAAAACCACAAGAUAACUCUGCCUUUUACUUAGAAAAACAUCAGUGGAAAAACACAAUCAUCAAACAUCACAUUUCUUGCCGAUAAUCGGUAAUUGAACACUUAGAACACCAAGAAAAAUGUCUGAUCACCACGUCAUUGAGUCAGUCACACUGUCAUGUGUUGCUGUACAACAAGAAAAAAAAAGAAACAAGAGUUUCCAGAUAUCUUGUCGAUAGUCUAUGUGGGAGGUAUUUUCUACUUACAUUCAUUUAUUUCUGUAUGUGACGUGUUGAUCGUGCAGAAGAGAUCAAACUGUUUUUCUGUGGUUGCUGAGGUCAGUGUGAUGACAGUCUGUUAGCUAGGAGACAAACUCAGUGACAACAGGUUGUUCGAAAUGAUUAGUUAACUCACUUUAUUCCCCCCAAUUAGACUCACCAGGAAUUGCCAGACCAUCGCAGGUCCACUGCAAGUGUGGUGAAAUCCUUGGUGAGUAAACUGCCCCCCUCCCACCUGCCUUUAGCCACCCGCGGUAGAACUGUGAUGUGUGGAUCAUUAUUUAUUUCUUGUUUGUUUAUCUGUGUGAUCCAAGCUGUUACACUGGCAGGAGAUGGCAAACGUGGAGAGAUAUCAUCAGAGUUUAGCAGGGGGUGGAACAGAUCACAGCUUCGCGGCUAUGGUCUGUCUGUCACAGAGCAGGAGGAACUAUCAGGGUACAGGGAACAAACAUAACAUUACCAACAGGGUCAGCUCAGGAGUGCAGCGACUCACCUUACCCCUUGUAUUGCAGGGUUGAUGAAACAGUGUCCUGAUUUACAGAGGCCACUAGAUGGCGCUCUGGUUUAGACAUGAUGUGAGAUUUCAUUGAAUUAGUUGUUCAAGUCAACCAUUUAAAGAGCAGGCAGCACCAUCCAGUGGCCUCUGUAAACAGGACACUGUUUCAUGAAAUCUCAUGAUAUAAUAAUGCAAUUCAAAUGAAUUAUAUAUUGCUUCUUUUUUGAAACAAAAUCCCCGCCAAAAACCCUUUAAGUUGUGACUUAUUAUUUUCCUGGUGCUACAGUUAAAAAUUCCAAAUCAAAGACACACUGGAUGCGUGGCUUGUGUUGUUUCCAAAGUGCAACAUAAUGAAUUGGCUGCUGAAUCUUCUUCUUAUGGUGCAAAUAUAAUCACACUCAAUCAUGGUGCAAUAAGGGCGCAUUGUGUCUUUGAAUUCCAAGGUGCAACUUGAGUACUGCCUUCAGUUAACAGCCAAGGUUGUGCCCAACGCUCCGUCAGAAUGGACAACUGCUCUUUCUGUCCUGCUGAAGCUAUGCAAUUCUCCAUCACCGGGAGAUGUGCUUAGAUCACACCGACACACAUUGACACGCUCGGGAUGUAUCCCUACCUCACCACUUGAACACACACAGCACUCCUACACGUAACCUUGUGAUUUUUUUAAAUGGUGCUAUUGAGUUGGGAGUUGUAAGUAAUGAAAGAUCAAGGGUGACGAAACACAUUACCGAUAACAGGUGUAGAUCUAGACACGCACUUCACAUGUUUCAUAAACUGAUGAGGGUCAUUCAACAUGAGCCACUGACUGAUGCUUAGAUUUAACAUGAAUGUUUUACAGGGACAUCGAUCUCAGUUUUAUUCAAUAAAUACACAUGCAGAGAUAUACAAAAGCACAUUUGAAAAUUCACCAGAAAUCAAUGGGGCAAUAACUCAUGGCAAACAGAUGUAAACUUGAGUUGAAAACACAUGUUUACACUUAAUUUAUGAGCUUAAUUUCAGGUCGGAACAGGAACAAUAACCAUGCCAGUGAAAUGAUAAACAUUUAAUAAAUAAAAUACAGAUGGAAAUAAUUACACAGCAAGUCACAUCAUGACAUUAAGGUGCAACAAAUCAAUUACAACCACAUAUGAAUGAGUGAACUGAAAACUUUUAAUGUAUAAUUCUAAUUAAACGUUUGUAUUAUCUGCCUCAACAUUCCACCAGUUCCUCCAAACUGAUAUGCUAUGACUCCUCAUGCAAGGUUCAAGCAGCCUCUGUCAAUUACACGUUUGGCAACCAAAACUGAAUCGUAAUUUUUUGGCGCUUAUUUAUGUUGCACAGUUUUAUAUAGUUUAAGUUCAUGCAGGCGGCGUAUCAGCAAAUCCCAAGCAGUGCGCAAAACGAGGUUUGUUUUACGCUCGAGCUGCAACAUUUAUUCAGGAAAUUAAAGUUUUAAAUUGUUGUAUGCUCCACUGCUAUGCAACGACAGAGAAUGAAGAACAGUAAUGUUGGCCAGUGGCGGCUGGUCAGUAGAGGGCGCCAAGGCGCCGCUCCAACCGCUCGCCAACAAUAAGUUGUUCCAUUUAUCAGUAUGUCGUAUCAGUGACGUAUUUCCGCCUCAGGGACGGAGACAUGUUUCUGUUGACGCUCGUCCAAGCGCCGCAUGCGCAAUAACUACACUUCAAUGUACUUAACAGGGUGCUGUUGGGGCGCGCUUGACAUGCGCCCAGCAUUGAGUAGGAUUUACAUAUCACUUGACUGACAGUCGUGGAAAAAAAAUAAACAGUAAUAUGUUCAUCGAAUAGACACCUGUGGAGUACCCUUAAUAUGAAUUUAUAGCCACAGAUAUUAGUUCUGAACUCUCAUUAUAAGAUUAAUUCAGAGUAAUAUGAAAGUGUGUAAGAAUAAACCAGUACUUUUAAGCUGCCGUAUGUUAAAUUUUUUUCCACCAGCCGCCACUGGUUAACAAUGACUACAGAAUCAGUCAGGGUUCAUUGAUCAGACGGGAAAAUGAAGGACAGCGGAACAAAAACUGUCCAAGAAGUGGAGACCCAUUUGUAAUCAGGAAAUCAAUUUUAAGCGUUUAAUAUCAGGAUCUGUGAAGGACUCUGAGCUGUGUGUCCAAGUGCAUGCACAGGUCCUCAUGUGUUGCCAAAGUUUUCUUGCUUGAGCUAAAUAUCGUCGUCAUCACGGGAACAAAGCAGAGUCAAACAGUGCUUCAACUAGGUUCUGGGUGCCAGACCACAUUGCAGGGUCAAACUUCAAUGUGGAUGUAUAGAAGACACAUCAUGAGCUUUUGCUUUGGCGGAUUCAUGCUUUUCUGAUGUGUUGCUUUGCUUAGAAAUUGUGUUUGUAGAUAUGACGUUCAAAAGUAUAUAUUUUCUUGUGGUAGGCACUUUGAUUGUAAAUACAUUUACAGUUGCUUAGAUGGCUCUUUCAAACGUACUGAUAAUAAAUGUCCUUCAUAAAUAGUCUGAAUGUAUGAGUAAGAUCAGAUUGGAGUGUUUCCUCACUAUGAGCACGCCGAUUCAAGAUCUGUAGAGUGGAGGAUUAAAAAAAUCACUGAAGGCAUAUAGCAAAAUGGGAAAAAAAAAGAUGUAUAAAGGUGCUGUUUGUGUUUUUGGCAACAACUUUUGGUCUGGAAUUGUUUCUCCAGCAAACAUUUUGGUUUGUAUAGUUUGUAUUAGAGUAGACUGGUUCCCACCUGUCUCGCCUCUCCAUGUGUCCUCUGCUACGCUUGUUUCUAAUGUCCUUCCGAGUCACUCCCAAUGAAAACCUGAGCAUCCUCAUCUCUGAUUCAGCGCUAAUGUCUCUAACCCCAACAGUAUGGCCGGUCUCACUGCUGUCCGGUAGCGUAGCCUUUUUCAAUUUUUUUUAAUCCAAGCCGCAGCACACAUCAUCGAAUGAAAAUAUCCUGAGUCACAUCAUCAAAAGAAUUGUGCAUUGUCAAAAGUCCUGAAGAAAAUCCCUUUUAAUUUGUGAAAAAAUGCUUAUUUGUUGCUGUUUGCAGCAACAAAUAACAAAAAAAGUAUCCGUUUUAAAUCGUCUCCAGAAAGGGGUGGGCAAUAUGGCAAACACAUACCUGUAUGUGUAUGUAUGCGUGCAUUCACACUCAUAAAUCAUGAUAUAUGGCAGCUGCAGGUUGAGUCACAGACACACAGGAGCACCACUAGGCCAUCUUUUCAGCUGCAGACGCUGUUCACGGCUCAAAACGUAGCUGCUGACUUCCUCUGAUGGCUUGUUAUGUCUGCUGUUGUGUACAGAGCCGUGGUCGUGACACAGUGCAUUCACACGCUGUUUCUUCAGAAGCAGCAUUGUCUAAUUUAUUUUAACUAUCACAAUCUCACAUGUAUUUUGCAGGCUUUUGGUCAGUGUGACAAUUUAGGGUCAAGAACUUUCUAGUUAGGGUUAUUUUCAGACAAACUUCAUUCUUUGCCUGAGCUUGCUUCACAACAACAAUUAUUCUUUCUCUCUUCAUGUUUUAGACUAAAUUUGUUUGAUUCUGCAUUUAGUUUUUAGCCAACGGUUCCUACAAGAAGCAAUCCAUCAUUCUAUGGUGAAGGUGUGUGGUCACGUUAGAGGCGCAACAGGUUUAUAAACAACACAGUUGUGCAUUUGACCGGCUUCUUCACUGUGAUUGUGUGUGGGAAGAGAAGGACUUACAGCGACUGAUGGAUGGAACAACGUAUCAGCAUAGAUCUAAAGUGUAUAGAAAGAAUGUAACCAAAUCCAUGUAAUCUCCUCACAUGUUCUAGUUGUUCAUGAUCUAAUGCCAUCAUAUUGCCCACCUCUGUCUCCGGACAAAUGAGGUGAAACUGGAUCAUUUCCCAUGGCAAACCUGACAGUCUCUCACGCGAGUAGGCCGCGGCACCCGGUUGAAAAACGCUGCUGUAGAGCUACCACUCUUCUGUCAGAGAGCACCGCUGCAGGCCACUCCUAUUUCACCUUUCCUCUUCAUCUCUGUGCAUUACUAGCCAGCUCACUGCCUGGCAUUUAACCCCCUGAGACCAGCUUAACAUCUCUUUUAGAACCAACUGGUUCGACUUGCUCGAGCGAAAUACUGUUGACCUUUGUUUUGUUUGUUGGUUUUAUGGCUAUUUUAUGUAAACAAAUGGUUUCAAGCACAUGGAUAGCACUUUUAACUUUUUUCCUGUGUUUUGCUGUUAUUUGUGACCAUUGUAGGAAAAUAAAAUUAAAUGUCAAAUAAUGACAGUAAUGUCAUUUCUGUAUAGCAGUUAAUACUUCUAGGGUAAUAGCUUCGCUAGAAUUAACUAGAUCCUGAAAUGUUUUGCGUGUGGUCCAACUAUAACUAGGUGUUGUCGGUGAGAUAACUGUUGCCAUGAAACCAGCAUUGAGUACAAGAAUUUGAAUGUCGCAAUGGAAGGUACAAUCAAUAUGUAACAUCUGCGCCUGCUAAUGCUAAUGUUUAUUGCUGAACAACUCCCAUGUUCAGCCUGUGGCUGGCUAGAACCACUCUCGGCUGCUGCUCAUCAUACACACACACACACACAUAUAGAUAAAUUUCCAGAAACAUCUGGAUGUCAGGAUCCUCUAUCUCACUCCGAAUGUCAAACUCACAGGAAGGUUGAAAGGGAGCACAUGUUAUAUAUCUCUGGUCCGUCUUUGUUUUUGAUUGAUUCAUUAUUCAUUCUGGAAAAAGAGUUUAAUGAUAUUUUCGAUGGUUAUUUUUGUUACAAUAUGUCCUUGAAAUAAAGUCUAUUUAUCUGUGCACCGACAGAGAUUUACAAUAAAAACAGAGAGAAACUAUUACUGACACAUGUACAGGUCAUGUUUUUGGAAAACCAUACAGAGAUGUAUGUUUUUUUUAUUUUAUAUAUUUUACAUUUUAUUACAUUGUAAUGUGACUGCAAGGAAGAAAAAAAUAUAACAAGAUAUAAAUUGAUUUUUCUAAA